CGCUACGCCCCGGACAAGACCAGCACGGUGCUGAGCAAGCACCGGCAGCCAGCCAUGCCCACGCCCGCACAGAGCCGCAGCUCCAUCGUGCAGGCCGGGCAGCAGCCCCCCGAGCCCGCUGGCCGCACCCCCAUCUGCUACCACUGCAACAAGGUCAUCAGGGGCCGCUACCUGGUGGCGCUGGGACGCUACUACCACCCUGAGGAGUUCACGUGCUGCCAGUGCCGGCGCCCGCUGGAUGAGGGUGGCUUCUUCGAGGAGAAGGGCUCGGUGCUGUGCCCGCCCUGCUAUGACCUGCGCUACGCCCCCCCCUGCGCCAAGUGCAAGAAGAAGAUCACGGGGGUGAGUGGUCUCAGCCGGGCGCUGCCCUGCAGCCCCCCGGUCCCCGUGCCAAUCAGCCCUGCCCUGGGCACUGCCCCCUGUCUUGCAUGCUGCCCGAUAGCCCUCCCCAGCCUGCCCGGCCCCCAGGCUGCAGCUCCCAUCCUAGGCCCCUGCUCUGUGCUGUGGGGUCGGCUGGAGCCUCUGGCCCUGCCUAGGGGGGCCUGCCCUGCCGCUCCCCGGGGGGCAGGGCAUGUGGCUGACCCCCCGUCCCCCAGGAGAUCAUGCACGCCCUGA